AUGCGUCACCUCGUUCACCUCGCCAUCGCCGCGCUGGUGGUGGGGCUGGCGCACGCUGCCGCCCCAGCGCCCGCCGAGGGAACAAGCAACUACUACGUUCACCUCAUACCCGACCUGAUGGAGGCCCAGAUGCGGUACCUGCUAUGCGUCCCCGACGGCGAGGCGGGAGACGUGCUCCUGCACCACCUGGUCACCGAGACCGCCCGCACCCAUGCCCCUGCAAGCUGCGACGCCUGGCCCGCCAUCGCCACCGACCUGGCCCGCCGCGCCGCCGCAGCCGCUGCGGUGGACGGCAGCAAGACUAAACUUGGAGGCUGCGCGGGAGUCAAGUGCACGGACAAGACGGGCGGCCGCAGCCACACUCUGACCCUCGACAUGCCCCUGUAUGUCAGGCUGCUGGAGUUUGCUCACGAGCAGGCGCCGGCCUGCAAAGACCCCAGCCAGGCCAUCACCGCGGCGGCAUCUGCACUGCUCCGCGACUGCUCGUCAGGCGGCGAGGCCUGCGCUAUUGACAAGUACUACGCGCUGCGCCCUGGUGCCAAGGAGGGCUGCUCUGUGCCCCCUGAGCUGGCUGCCCUGGCCAAGGGGGAAUGA